AUGGUGGGAGAUGAAGUCCUCUCAAGAGGGAAAGAUGGCUGCUAUUACCUAGGCACUGUCAUUGAGGUGGAUUCCCUCUUGGACAAGUGCCUGAUACAAUUUGAUGACCACACUCAGUGCUGGUCACUGCUCAAAGAUCUCACAAAAUUCCGCUCUGGGUCUCCAGACAAAAUGUGUGUGAUAUGCCGCCAAUCAACGUCUCUUUUGAACAAUGAAUUGGUUGUAUGCUCCAAAUGCCAGCAGAGUUAUCAUCAGUCAUGCCAUCAGCCGAAGAUAAGCAAAGGCUGGUCUGCUGACUGGAGCUGUGACCGUUGUGUAAGUUUGACCAAGUCACUCAGGGAAGAAGAGGAAAAGCUUGUUGAUAGCACAGUGUCUCCAAAACUACAACUGCCAUAUGAUGUGGCCAACCUUCACUGGGAUCAGCAUCAUCGAACCAAUAAAGAGCAAAUCUACUGCUACUGUGGUGGACCAGGAGAAUUCUAUGUGUUUGUGUGCUCAUUGUGCAAUCCAAACGAAAAAGAGUUUGUGUACCGCCUGCCAAUCAGAUGGGUGGACAUUGCUCACUUGGCUCUCUUCAACCUCACACUUCUGUACACUCGCAAGUACCAUGAGUUCGACUCUGUAAUAUUCCCCUUUGUCAAUGAGAACUGGGAAUGCCUUCAAGUGCCAGCAAAGAUGAAUGCCUUGCCAAAGGAGAAGAGAAAGCAGAACAUCUUAGAUGCCUUGGCUGUUCACUCAUCCAGAUUCAAGUCAGGCAGGGAGGUGAAGAAAAGUUCUACCAUUUGGGGGCUGAGGUCUCGUGUCCCACCAGUCGCACCAAUUUAUUCUUUACCAAAGAGAGGAGCUAUCACUAUGGAUACAGUGAAAUCUCUUAAGCUCAGGGGCCGUUUCCGUGUUCAACGUCAAGUUCCUGAUGAAUCUGAAUCUGAUCAAAUGGAUGAGGAUGAGGAGGAUGAGAAAAUGAGAUGUUCUGCCAACAAGAAGAAAGAAGUUAUAAAGGAAAGCUGUGAACCAAUGAAGAAGAAGCCAAAGAAUGGCCAUCAUGAAGACCUCAAGGCAAAGUUGCGAACGCCACCAAUAAGCUUAAAGCAGAGUCGCAAGUAUGCCCUGUCUGAUCCUAGCGGUGAAGUGAAUGAGGCCAGAGAAGGCUUGCCAAAGAAGAAGCUUUUCAAGUGUGACAGUGCCCCACCAGUGAAGCGUCCUGUGGGAAGGCCCAGAAAGGAUUCCUUGCCUGGAAGGAAGAAUCUGAUACUGAAGAACAAAGCUUCAAAGUCAUGUGAUCUGACAGUCAAAAAGGCCAAAAAACUCCUUAAUGAUGCAAUUAAGGGAAAAAAUCAUCAUGUGAAUCGGUCCAUUGUUGUGCCACCAAGUCGGGGCCCACAACCAGAGGCAAGUGGAGAUGAAUCUAGUCGAGGCACCUUGGAUUCUUUCAUCCCACCUCCACAGAACUUUGAGGGAGAUAACAACCCCUUCUGUUCACUGGGAACACUCCACCCACUUCUCCGCCCCACCACUCGGCAAUUGAGCGAGAAGGACAUCAAGGUUACCAAGAACGGAGAGGUGAGAAGACGAUAUCGACGUCGCAAAGAUGCUCUUGCAGCAUACUUGGCUUCCCGCCUCGGUCAUGCUUCCACUCAUGUUGCUGCAAAAUAUCCUGGUUUGAGCAACAUGGGAAGUGUCCCAUUGGCUGCUUCGUCCCCUCCCAUCUCUCGGAGUGUGAGCCACGACCCAAAUAAGAAAAUGCCUACUCCUAAAAGCAACUCAUCUGUAGAAAAGCUGACAGGUGGGAAAGUUCUACAAAACCACAUUAUUGUUCAACUCCCAGCAGCUGCAUUCCUACGCUCCACCCAAUAUGCCAUCUGUCAUCAGCAGCAGCGGGGUAGUCCUGCUCUGUCACCCCUGCUGCCUGCUGCUGGUCCUGGAACUGCACAAGGGCAGACCAGCGUCCGCCAUGCUGUGCUUUCGUUCGGAUUGCAAUCGUACGGAAAAAAGCAGCAUUUCUGUGAUCUGGCCAAAUCCGAAGCAGAAUCUCUUCUGUUUGAUCUUGUUUGUGACAUCCCCAGUUCGAUGGGCCUCCUUCUUCCAGGUGACGUUGUAGAUUUUUCACCUGCAUUUGGAAGUUGGCUUCAUGCCUUACCCACCCAUCCCCUUCAGACACGAACUGCCAUUCCCUCUUAG